UUAGGCGGGAAAGCAUCGACUCUCAGUAGAUCAGCACCGGUAGCAGAGUAUCAGCGUGCUUCUGAGACUCUAUUCUGAGAUAUGGAGCCAAUUUGUUUUCCCUUUGGACGUUCUUCAGAUUAUAUAAGCAUGGCACCAACACACGAAUUGCCAUGGAAGGGUGGGUUUGCCUGGCACACACCCACCUACCUAGUCAAAGGCGGCUCCCAACGUGUCUGCAACCAGUAUGGAUAUUUUGGAGCACUAGAAAAUAGAGAAGCUGGGAGUGAGGCGGUGUUACAUGGUAGCCGCGGCAUGAUGGAGGCUAAUAACAACACUGUAAAGACAAUGGUGUGUAACCCAUGUGGAGAGAACACUUCAGAAGAGGAGAGUGUAAGACAUCUCCUUUUCGGUGAAGCUGAGUGUUCGGAAUGCAGAUUGCAGCUAAGGACAUGUCAAGAUUACCGGGAGAAGAGAGAUGAUAUAUGUAGUUCUGUAUAUGACAGUAAACACACCUUCAACUUUCGUAAAUUAGUUUGCGGUGAUAAAAGAUCACCCAACACCGGUGCCAACAAGUCGUAUAACCUAUCCUCACCUCACAUUAACAAUGUAGAUUCCCUUCAUAAGUCUUCCUGGAUAGUGGCAAGAAAUGACGAAAGCGACUGUCAGGUCACCGACGUUGAUUCAGGAAGGAUUUACGUGGAUUAUGCUCCGGUUAAUCAAGAAUCCAGGGUUGGGCCAUUAGAUACAGAUGGAGCAGGAAGUUUCAUAUUGCAAGAUGAAGAACAGGAGGAUGAUUGUGGUGAUGUUCUGCUCUUAGAAUCCUAUAGCCUAGACCAUGUAGAGGAAAUGGUUGAGUAUCAUAUAGCCAAGAAUGAUUCAACAGACUGUAUAAUCCUUGAAGAAGUGAAAUCUAUUAAACGCGAAGAUGUAAAACACAAUCGGAGUCACUAUUUAUUCGAAACGCCUAAUGAACUGAAGAGAGAGCCGAAAAAAGAAACCGGAAAAUGUCCCGAAUAUUGGAAUACCCCUAGCGAUGAGUAUGACUACAAUGACUCGAAGAAAUGCAUCAAAUAUGAAGAGAAACCCAUCCAGAAUGUCGGCCUCUUUGACUUAUCUGCAGAAGUAAAGAUAGGACCGAAGGAAGAAGUUCCAAUUUACCCGAAUUUCAUGAAGACCCCCAAGGAUAGCUAUUACUAUGUGGGUCAUAAGGCUAUAGAAGAGUGCCCCAUGUGCUAUGCUACACUCUGCCCUUCCAGAUUCACAGUCAAUGCCAGGACCUUCGUUUUGACCACGGUCUGUAUCGACUGUCAGCUGCCCAUCUAUUUGGUGAUCGAUCCCCACAACUUGUAUUAGGAGGCCACUUAAUGCUUUUUGCAUCAAGUCGUGCUCUCAUAGUUAUAUUGCACUG